UUGAAAUGAGUGUUUUAGAGCAGCUGCUGACCGUCAGUUUAUUCGGUUAACUCUGUAUUAAAGUUUUCCCCCCCGUUUUCUUCGGUUUGGUUCUUUUUUUUUUUUUUAACUUGGAAGAAAUGGACUGCGUGGAUUUUCCGAAAGUUUUUCCGAAUUCCCCGAGGAAAGCUCAGGGGCAAAUACAGGUCAUAUUUGGACCGAUGUUUUCAGGCAAAAGCACUGAAUUGAUGCGACGCGUGCGUCGUUUCGUGGUUGCCCAGUACAGGUGUUUGGUGAUCAAAUAUGCCAAGGAUACGCGCUACUCAGACUUAGGCAUGGCUACGCAUGAUAAAAACACAAUGGAAGCUAUACCAGCAAACUCGCUUAGAGAUGUGUGGUCGCUGGCACUGCAAGCCUGUGUCAUUGGAAUUGAUGAAGGGCAAUUUUUCCCGGACACAGUUGAGUUUUGUGAGGAAAUGGCCAAUUUGGGCAAGAUUGUGAUUGUUGCUGCCUUGGAUGGAACCUUCCAGAGAAUGCCAUUUGGAAACAUUUUGAACCUUGUCCCUCUGGCUGAAAGCGUGGUGAAGCUUCACGCCGUCUGCAUGCAGUGUUAUAAAGAAGCGGCCUACACAAAGAGGAUUGGAGCAGAGAAGGAGGUGGAAGUGAUCGGCGGAGCUGACAAGUACCAAGCAGUUUGUCGAAAGUGUUAUGGAAAUCUGAUGGCGGUCAAAGAAAACCGACCUCCCCUCAGGGAUGAAACGCCUCAACAUGUACCUAACGAGAAACUUAUGGACUCUGGAAUUCCCAGAAGGCUUUUCUCUGCCCUCCACUUCUGAACACAUAAAAACUGUUGCUUAGGUGUGAAGGUUGAUAAAGCCAAGUCUCAUUGCUAUACAUUGAAUUCCAAUGAAGCACAGUUGUGGCGAACCUCCAAGGUGCUGAAAUGAGAAACACUUCUAGGUUCUGUUAAUAUAUUGUUAUACAGUUACAGUAUUGCUUUUAUAUCUCUGGAUAUGUUAUUUGUGCAUUGAUAUCAAUGUAAUCACUUAGAUUCACACUUACAUAGAUAUUUCUGUCAGACAUUUGUCUUUCAGUAGUCUGGAAGUGCAUGCUAGUUUUUAUUUAAUUUUCUAAUUGGUGGACUAUUAACAUAUGUAUACAGAAAACCACAUAAAGCUGUCGGUACUAAAGGUGUUAUUUCUGAGCAUUUCGGUUACAGACAAAAUAUUGGAGAGGGCAUUAGUUUAAAACUAGUGAAAAUUAUUUUCUAUGACUUUCAUUAUUUAAUAAAAUGUGACUGUAAAGAUUGUGGUAAGGUUAAUA